UCAUUCGCCUGCUUGUUAGCGAAAAGACAGACCUCUGGGUUAUUUCAAGUCAUUUAACUGGUUUUAAACGGCUAAAGGUACUGAUCGUGUAUCUCGCAGCUCCAGUGAGACUAACUUGGAGGUAGACUAAUUCAGUGGAUCGGUUUAGCUUGUAUGCUAACCAGAGGCUCUGACAGGGCAAUUAUCCGGCUGUCAAACGCAGCCGAACCGGGACAUUUCUGGGUCUGUUUCUAGCGGCCACCAUGGGUGAGGUGGAGCUCUCCUGUCGGGCUUAUGUGAAGAUGUACCUGCACUCCUGCCUGUUCCCCCGGUGCAGCAUCAACGGACUGCUGCUGUCCUCUAGCUCGGCAGGUGGCGCUGUUUGCGUGACGGACUGCGUGCCGCUGCUUCACUCUCACCUGCCUCUGGCUCCCAUCACACAACUGGCCCUCACGCAGGUGGAUGUUUGGUGCGCUCAGACUCAGCAGAGGAUAGUUGGAUAUUACCAGGCCAACGCCUGCGCAUCAGACUGCAGCCCGACCCCGUGCGCUCUGAAGAUAGCCGACAAGAUCUCCGAGCAGUUUGAGAGUGCCGUCUUAUUAAUGCUCGACGGCAGCAAGAUGUCUCCAGAUGAUCGGGUUCCUCCCAUCGUCAUGUACGAGCGCAGAGACUCCAAAUGGGUUCUGAAGGACAAACACACGAUCAUGCUGCGGCAGUGGGAGGAGACGCAGGCCAUCGCCAGCCAGAUGCUGGAGUCGGGCGACCACGCCCUGCUGGUGGACUUCGAUGGCCACCUGGAUGACAUCACCAAGGACUGGACCAAUCAGACGCUCAACGCCAAGAUUGCUGAACUUUCCUCGCCGGCCAACGGAAACAUCUGACGGCGACCCGGUUCCCCCGACACAAACACACACCCAGCAGAUUCCUCGGAAAAGUUUUUCCAACAAAGACAAACAUGCUUAAAUGACAGAUUCACGUCUGGUGCCAACCCCAAAAAACGGAUCAUUUUUUAACAACUAAUCCACCUUAAAAUAUAAUUUAACUCCAACAAUCAACUUUCUGGUUUUUAUUUCUAAACACCUGUAUUUCUUUAUUGUGUCACAAAAUAUUUAUCCGAGUCGGGAUGAUGAUGAUUUGUUUAAAAAAUAUUUGUUUUAUUUGGUUAAUUUUCUCAUAAUUGCUGCAUAAAUGUCUAAUUUUAUAGUUGUUAUUAUUACACUGUGAUUAAUUACAUUAGUAAGAAGUUUUCAACUUUUACAAACCUUAAAUGUAACAGUUUUAAUUAUUGAAUAUAAACUGAGCUCAAAGAAUAAAUUUCCUUCUUCAGCUUUUUCUCACCUUGAAUUAAAGAAAAUCCGCUUAAAAUCGAUACAAACUAAAUGCUCUAAACUUCAGUGCAAUAUUCCCAUAUUUACAUUUUACACCAACAUCAGAUGAGAAAAUUUCAGAUUUAAAUAAAAAAAAUUGUCAGAAUUCUGAGAAUUUUUAGAUUAUUUACGUUUAAGUGAUUGCCAUUUUCAGUUUCAUAAUUCCAGAUUUUCCCCACAUUCCAAUUAUAUAAUUCCUUUGUUUUAUAAAUAAACAUACAUAGUUGGUAUAAAUAUGACAAAGUAUUGGGGCUAUUAUAGAUGAAAAAUAUAAAAAUGACAUCACAGGAGUUGAUUUUGACCAAAAACAUCAGAAAUGUUGUGAAUUAUUUUCACUCAUUUGCAAGAAAAAAAACUUCUCUGUUGAAAAGUUGCAAGAUAAAAAUUUUCCAGGAUAAAAGAUAUUUACAAUAUUAAAAUGAUUAUUUGAUGUAUAAAGUCAGAAAUUUGUAAUAAAACUCAAAUUUGUCAAGAAUUUUCUAAAAAGUUGUACAUUUGUGACAAAAUGAGACAAACGACAGAAAGAGUCGAAGCACUACGUCUACAAGAUUCACACCUGGAUGUUUCCCAGAGUUUAAGGAUGAGGACUGGGCUUUUUUCUGGACCAGAACCGGGUCUCCUGGAGACUUUCUGAUCCAGGAAAAUAACCCAGAUCUUCCCUUUGACUCUAGAAAACAUCCAGAUGUUCAUCUCCUAAAUCUGCCCCCUCAAUCUUAGGUGACUUCUGCCAUUUUCUGUCACAAAUGUCCAAUAAAAAAAAAUUGAUAAAUUUGAGCGUUUUCUUACAAAUUUCUGACAUGAUAAUACAUUUGUUUUAAAACUAAAUUUAAGACUUUAAUCACAUUUUGAAAAAUUUCAACAGCAGAAAAUAUCCGAGCUUUUCAUCUUGUAAAAAUGUGAAAUUACUCAAAAUUUCUGAGUUUUUCUGCUGAAACUUUCUCCUCCAUGGCCUCAUUUUCAUUUAUUCUUUUAAUCUCCACUCCACUGCCUUUUUUCAGGUAUUUUCAAACUUUUAUCAUGUAAACUGAACAAAAACUUAAGUUGGUGCUGCAAUUUUUUUUGAGAAAUUAUUAAAAUACAAACUUUAAAAACUAUUUUUUCUUCAACAGAUGCUCUGAAGGUGGCAUCAUAACAACCUCCAGCCAGAAAUAAUCCAAAUAAAUUAAAAUCUGAGUGGAACUUCUUAAACCAACCUUUAAAUAAUAAUCUACUAAAGUUAGAAAUUCCUUAAAGUGAAAUAAAAAUCUGCAUGUUUGAGUAGUUUUACCUAAGAAAACAAGAGGGAGAAAAAUGUUAUGCUUUUACU